CCUUCAGUCUCUGGCUGUGACGAUCCUCACAGCCAUGCCGAUCUCACGCUCGAUGCAAUCGGACCAUGACCUGUCCUUUGACGAGGACAGUGCCUCAGCCAGUUCGAUUGACAUCGGGACUGGCCUGGGAAACCGACCGCUUGGAGGUGGCACUGGUGCUGCCAGGUCGAGGGGUGGAGGCGAAUUCGGUGGAGAAAUUGGUGGUGACAGCUACUCCUUCAGCGUGCCCACGGGCACCGAGUCCUACCUCCGGGCAAAUGACAUCAUGGGCUCCCGAGGCACCUCGGCCAAGACCGGCUCCGGAGCGGCGAAGGCUGUGACCAAAUGGGCGGCCAAGAGCGUCGUGCGAAAGCCUGCCAUCGAUGACUUGGAUGAUCCCUCAAACAGGCCUGGAACAAAAACUGGAGGAACGAAGAAGGAGGCAGAUUUCAAUGCCUUCCUGGAGAAUGACAGUGGCUCGGCCAGUUCGAUUGAUCUCGGAAAAGGUGGCACCAGCAGUGCAGCCAGGCCCAAGGCUGGCAAGGCUUCGCCCCAAGCUUCGUCCAAGUCAGGCGCCAAGGCGGUGACAAAAGCAGUCACCAAAUCGGCAGCCAAGAGCAUUGUGCGGAAGACUGCCAUUGAUGCUGACUUGGACGACCGAUACAGGCAGAUGGGAAUGAAGACCACUGGAGGACCUGCCACUGCGAAGAAAGAGUCAGAUUUCAACGCCUUCCUGGAGGAGAGCGACUCAGAGGAGGACAAGCCUCCCAAGGCCGCCCCCAAGAAGGUUCCUAAGGGCCAGACAGCAGACAGCGCCAGCGCCAGUGCCAGCCCCGAGGCCUCCCCUAGAUCAGGUGCAGUGCUGUCCCGUUCCCCGGCGAAGAUCUCGAACUUUGCCAAGAAGACCAAAUCCCCCGGCGACGCAUCACCCAGCUCCAGCCAGGUCUCGCGCAGUGCGUCCAGAUCGGCGCCAGCGUCUCCUCGUUCCGCCUCGCCAUCACGAUCCCCAUCCCGGUCCCGUCACUCCCCCUCGCCCUCCCAGUCGGCCCGGUCCAGGUCCAACACUCCCCGCAGUGCUCGGUCUGCGUCGGCCUCGCGGAGUGCCAGAAGUCGCAGCGAUCGCAGCGCGUCUGGCCUCUCGGCUGGGUCGGUGCGGUCCCCACCAGCUGGGAUUUCCAGCUUCGGGAAGAUUCGACAGAUGAGCGACUUGGUCAUACCCCAGGUUGCCAAGGCGGCCUCAACACCAGGUGUUGCGCCAGCAAAGGCGUCGCCACCCUUUGCCACGCAACGCUCCAAGUCACAAUCGGGGGAUAAUUACACGGAGGACUUCACUGCUGACAGUGCCAGUGUUCCGGCGCGGCGGCCAUCGAUGAGCUACGAGGAUGACUUUGAGGCCUCUUCGGUGGACACUCCGAAGCCGGCCACGAAAGCAGCCACCACCAGCGCCGCGAAGCGUCCAUCCCCAGAGGCCGCCAGGUCGCGGUCGGCCUCGCGGUCGGCCUUGCGGAGUGCCAGAAGUCGCAGCGAUCGCAGCGCGUCUGGGCUGUCGGCUGGGUCGGUGCGGUCCCCACCAGCUGGGAUUUCCAGCUUCGGGAAGAUUCGACAGAUGAGCGACUUGGUCAUACCCCAGGUUGCCAAGGCGGCCUCAACACCAGGUGUCGCGCAAGUGAAGGACUCCUCUGCCAGUGCCAGCGUGGCACGACAGCGAUCCAUGACCUAUGAUGAUGAUUUUGAGGCCUCUUCAGUGGACACGCCGAAGCCUACUCCGAAAGCAGCCGCCACCAGCCCAGCCAAGGCUGCAGUAGCCGCAGCGGCCGCAGCAAGCGCGGCAAAGCCCGGCUUCACCAGCGUCGCAUCCGUCGCUAUGGGAUCUGCAGUGCCAAAGUUAGCGCUGGAUCCGCUCAAGACCAGCCAGCCUGUCGCAGUGGCGCCAGUGGCCAUGGCACAAGCAGCUGAGCCAUCUAGGAAUGCCUGGAUAGAGGAAAGGCCAAAGCCGGCCACGCGGGAUGCCAACGUACAGGUUAGCAUACCCGUGGACGUGGGCGUGCAAUGCGACCUACUAUCCGACCCUAUGCGUGCAGGCUGGCAGCAGCAAAUGCCGUGGCCGCAUUUCCCACCGCAGGCGGAGUUCAAGGGGCCCACAUCGCAGCCGAGCAUGCAGGCGGCGGGUCCUUGGUGGCCGCCCUGCGCCUAUCCGUGGCCUUGGCCGCCCUUUCCAGGUGCCAUGGGUCCUAUGGGUUCCAUGGGAUCCAUGGGUUCCAUGGGCCCGGCCCCAGCCGAGGCCGGGUCUUCGACGGGCCGUGGCCAAUUAGGGCCCGCCUUGUGGGCCCUGCGCAUGGUGGAUGACUCCUUCCGUGACCAGAUUGACUUGUUGCGACAGGCCGCGGCGCGGCACCGCAGCCUCCUCGAGAAAAGCCGUGUCGCCGCGUCCGCAGAGGCGCGCCAGGCACGCAGCCCUGCGGCGCCGAGCUGAGCAUCGGAUCCCAGGUUUUCCGCUUGGACUUUAUCCAAGCUGGUGACGAGCCAACGAUGUCUGGGACUGCGAACUGCAAAAAUGC